UUCCUGGUUUCUCUUGCUGCUGCUGCCGCUGCCGCCGCCGCCGCUGCUGCUGCCGCUGCUGCCGCUGCCGCCGCUGCCGCUGCUGCUGCUGCUGCGUGCGGCCCCGGCUCCUCGCUAAGCGGUGGGAAAUCCAAGGCUUUUGGACAGAGCAGGCUGCACAGCUCUCUUUCUGCAGCACCUCCUGGACCCACCUCCAUCUCUCUCCUGACAUAGGAGCUCUGGGAACAUAUUAAUUGGCGGCAGCCUUGGGCAGAGAAGGAGGAGACUCAUUCGUGGGGUGAGAUCGGCGGCUUGCCAAUGGUGUCUGGAGAGUGACUCAGAAGACAGGGAACCCGUUUAUAAACACCAAGGCCCUGGGAAGGAUGAUGGAGCUCCUGUGAGUGACCCAGCACCGGAGCUGCUGAUUGGCUGCCGUUGGGGUACCUGCGAUUCGGGAAUCACUGAGGCUGGAAAACGUGAAUGGCUUUCAGGUAGAAGGCAAGAGGAGACAAUCAGAAUGAAUUCUAUGGACCGGCAUAUACAGCAGACCAAUGACCGGCUGCAGUGCAUAAAGCAGCAUUUACAGAAUCCUGCCAACUUCCACAAUGCUGCAACGGAGCUCCUGGACUGGUGUGGUGACCCAAGAGCUUUCCAGAGGCCCUUCGAGCAGAGCCUGAUGGGAUGUUUGACGGUUGUCAGUCGAGUAGCAGCCCAACAAGGAUUUGACCUGGAUCUUGGCUAUAGACUGCUGGCCGUAUGUGCUGCAAACCGAGACAAAUUCACUCCAAAAUCAGCUGCUCUGCUCUCAUCCUGGUGUGAAGAGUUGGGUCGGCUGCUUCUCCUCCGUCACCAGAAAAGCCGGCAGAGUGACCCUCCUGGGAAACUCCCCAUGCAGCCCCCCCUUAACUCCAUGAGCUCCAUGAAACCCACGCUGUCACACAGUGAUGGGUCGUUCCCCUAUGACUCUGUUCCUUGGCAGCAGAACACCAACCAGCCACCAGGAUCCCUUUCCGUGGUCACUACUGUUUGGGGAGUGACUAACACGUCCCAGAGCCAGGUCCUAGGAAACCCCAUGGCCAAUGCCAACAAUCCUAUGAAUCCCGGCGGAAACCCCAUGGCAUCUGGAAUGACGACCAACAACCCUGGCAUCAACUCCCCCCAGUUUGCUGGACAGCAGCAGCAGUUCUCAGCCAAGGCGGGCUCCACUCAGCCCUACAUCCAGCAGGGGAUGUAUGGGCGGCCCAACUACGCGGGCAGUGGAGGGUUCGGGGGCAGUUACCCUGGUGGUCCCAAUGCCCCUGCGGGCAUGGGGAUCCCUCCUCACACCCGGCCACCCGCAGACUUUACUCAGCCAGCAGCGGCGGCGGCAGCAGCUGCAGUGGCAGCAGCAGCAGCUACGGCCACAGCCACAGCCACUGCCACGGUAGCAGCUCUCCAGGAGACCCAGAACAAGGACAUGAACCAGUAUGGACCGGUGUGUUCCUCUUUCCAGAUGGGUCCGACUCAGGCGUACAACAGCCAGUUCAUGAAUCAGCCCGGGCCCCGAGGGCCUGCCUCCAUGGGUGGGAGCAUGAACCCCACCAACAUGCCUGCCGGCAUUACACCCACCAAUAUGAGUGGCCCUCCCAUGGGCAUGAACCAGCCCCGGCCUCCUGGGAUCAGCCCCUUCAGCACGCACGGACAGAGAAUGCCGCAGCAGGCCUAUCCAGGCCCCCGACCCCAGUCUCUUCCCAUCCAGAGCAUAAAGAGACCAUACCCAGGAGAACCCAACUAUGGAAACCAGCAAUACGGACCAAAUAGCCAGUUCCCAACCCAACCUGGUCAGUACCCAACCCCCAACCCUCCAAGACCUAUUACGUCUCCCAACUAUCCUGGGCAGCGGAUGCCGAGCCAGCAGAGCACAGGGCAGUACCCACCCCCAACAGUCAAUAUGGGGCAGUAUUACAAGCCAGAUCAGUUUAAUGGACAGAAUAACACCUUCUCGGGAGGCAGCUACAGCAACUACAGCCAAGGAAAUGUUAACAGGCCUUCCAGGCCAGUCCCUGUGGCAAAUUACCCUCACUCACCUGUUCCAGGAAACCCCACCCCUCCCAUGACUCCUGGGAGCAGUAUCCCUCCGUACCUGUCUCCCAGCCAGGAUGUCAAACCACCGUUCCCUCCUGACAUUAAGCCAAAUAUCAGCGCUUUGCCCCCACCUCCAAGCAACCACAAUGAUGAGCUCCGGCUGACCUUCCCUGUGCGGGACGGAGUGGUGUUGGAGCCCUUCCGGUUGGAACACAACCUGGCCGUCAGCAACCACGUCUUUCACCUAAGGCCCACUGUCCACCAGACGCUGAUGUGGAGGUCUGACCUGGAGCUGCAGUUUAAAUGCUAUCAUCAUGAGGACAGGCAAAUGAACACCAACUGGCCGGCCUCAGUCCAGGUCAGUGUCAAUGCCACCCCUCUGACCAUCGAGCGUGGGGACAACAAGACCUCCCACAAACCUCUGCACCUCAAGCACGUCUGCCAGCCGGGAAGAAACACCAUCCAGAUCACAGUCACAGCGUGUUGUUGUUCGCAUCUGUUCGUGUUGCAGUUAGUCCACCGGCCCUCUGUCCGCUCCGUCUUGCAGGGCUUACUCAAGAAACGCCUCCUGCCUGCAGAGCACUGCAUCACAAAGAUCAAGCGGAAUUUCAGCAGUGUGGCUGCCUCUUCGGGCAAUGCCACCCUCAACGGAGAGGAUGGUGUGGAACAGACAGCCAUCAAGGUGUCUCUGAAAUGUCCGAUCACAUUCCGGCGGAUUCAGCUACCAGCGAGAGGUCAUGAUUGCAAGCACGUCCAGUGCUUCGAUUUAGAGUCAUACUUGCAGCUGAACUGUGAGAGGGGGACCUGGAGGUGUCCAGUGUGCAAUAAAACCGCUCUGCUUGAAGGCCUGGAGGUCGACCAGUACAUGUGGGGAAUCCUGAAUGCCAUCCAGAACUCGGAGUUUGAAGAGGUCACUAUUGACCCCACAUGUAGCUGGAGGCCAGUCCCCAUCAAAUCCGAUAUCCACAUCAAGGAUGACCCGGAUGGCAUCCCCUCCAAGAGGUUUAAGACAAUGAGCCCCAGCCAGAUGAUCAUGCCCAAUGUCAUGGAGAUGAUCGCAGCUCUGGGCCCUGGGCCAUCCCCCUAUCCACUUCCUCCUCCACCUGGGGGCACCAACUCCAAUGAGUAUAACAGCCAAGGCAACAACUACCAAGGCCACGGUAACUUUGACUUCCCCCAUGGGAACCCCGGAGGGACGUCCAUGAAUGACUUCAUGCACGGGCCCCCUCAGCUCUCCCAUCCCCCGGACAUGCCCAGCAACAUGGCUGCCCUGGAGAAACCCCUCAGUCACCCCAUGCAAGAAACUAUCCCACAUCCUGGCAGUUCUGAUCAGCCCCAUACUUCCAUACAACAAGGUUUGCACGUACCACACCCCAGCAACCAGUCAGGGCCACCAUUACAUCACAGUGGGGCUCCUCCUCCUCCUCCUCCUCCUCCUCCUCCUCCACCUCCUCCUUCCCAGCCGCCCCGGCAACCGCCUCAGGCUGCUCCCAGCAACCAUCCACACAGCGACCUGACCUUUAACCCCUCCACAGCCUUAGAGGGUCAGGCCGGAGCCCAGGGAGCGUCCGACAUGCCGGAGCCUUCGCUGGAUCUUCUUCCAGAACUCACGAAUCCAGAUGAGUUACUCUCGUACCUGGACCCUCCUGACCUGCCGAGCAAUAGUAAUGACGACCUUCUCUCGCUUUUUGAGAACAACUGAAGCUCUCGGCUUUUAAUCAGCCCCCUUCCCCUUCCCAACACGUACACACACGCACACGCAUGCAAACACACACACACACACACACACACAAAACACACAUACUUCUCCACCCCAUGUAGUCCAUAUCCUCCCAAGUUCUCUGCCCCAGAACUUCUCAUUCGGAAGUGGGGUGAGGUCUCUCCCUGCUAUCACCUUCUCAGAACCAUUGGCAUUCAGUGGGGAGACUGCAGAAGAGGAAGUGGUACCUAGGCCACAUGGGUUUGGGGGCCCUUAGAGCAUCUGCCCCGGCCCUGGCAUGGCAAAGCCUAAAGCCCAGGGCAGCUGCAUUUCUGUCCACGUCCAACACAGUCCUCUAAAGGAGAGCCUGGUAAUGGAGAAAACCACCCCAGCACAUCUAGCUCAGCAAGGAUAAGAAAGCAGCUUGCUCUCCCCUCCCACCCCAAUUCCUCCCAUGCUGACCCAGUGUCAGAAACCAACCUUCUAACCCAGGGGUCUUCCAUUUUUGAAACUGAGAAUUCUCCCCAUCCACCAACUUCCCAGACUGGACACCUUGAGCAACCACGGAACCAGAAAUACGGAGAGAGACAGAUGGAACAGGUGCAGUCACCCAGGGAGGGGCAGCCUAUGCAGGAGCGAGGCCUGUGGGUGCUGGCCAGAGCUGCCCAAGUCACCACCACCGGAAAAGCACAAACCAACCAAGAAAGAACCUCACCGGGCCACAGCCGACCGUGCUUUCUCCCUUGAGCUGAGGGUUGCCACUUCCAACCCCUGACCUCCUAGGCCCGACAGAGCCUGCAACGGUUCAUGCUACGCAGAGGCUCCAAGAGAAUGGAUGGAGAUGGGGGAGGGAGAGUUGUUUGUGCUUUGGGUUCCGGCAGAAGGAGGGAACCGUAGGGUUGUCUCUAAGAUAUGGACAGCAGAGAGAACAACCACUGAGUCGUUGGAAUCAUGAGAGGACCCUACAGUUCCCUCAGCCAGAAAGUGGGGAGCUUCAGCCCCUUUUCUUGGGGAAGGGAGCUUGUUGGGGUGAGGGAGGUUCUGAAAGUGUGGGAAGGAAGAGGACAAACCUGUCAGGAGGCAGAGACAGCAAUGUGCGCCUUUCCUCCCAAUUUUCUCCUUUUUAAAAAAUACACAAGAGACAAAAUCAGUUUUAAAUCAUCUGCAGAAAGGAACGUUGGGAUAUGAUAGAUGAGUGACUUCCUUUUUUGUGUGUUUCCUUUUCCCACCCUCUGUCUCCAGGACUGUUAUAUUGUUAUAUGUUGUCUGGCCCUCACACACGGCCUCCCCACCCCAGUCCCCCCCCUUUUUUUUUUCCUUUGGUCCUGUUAAACA